GUAAGGCAUAGUCCUCACUGCUGCCUGUCCAGUGACCAGACAAACCAAGGCUUUUCAUUUACUAUAACAAUACUAACACAGUUUUGAAGAAUAUUUUUUGAAAGCACAAUGGUUACAUGGCAAUCAAGGUCAAGAUUGCUGACAUAAAGACCGUUUUCCUGAACUUGCUGAUGUGUGUGGUGAUUUUCUAUGCUGUGUAUUUUAUUGCUGUCAGCUUGUGCAUUGGCGGAUUCAGGAUUGAAGACAUUGAUAGCCUUUUGGCUCCUUUUGACUUUAAAACAAGUCCAUCAUGGACCAAUUCAAAAUAUGUGGGUAAGUUUCACUGGGAACACAAGUAUGAAGGUCCAAUUCCAGAAAUGGGUUCAUAUUCCUAUGGUCAUAUUCUGCUGCUCCACAGUAAUCCCAGCUCCACAGUGAACCUAAUUUCAGCAGAGGUCACUUUCUUUAUAAGUGGGCUGAUGUUUGCUUUGAUUGUAGAAGAGUGGGUUUGGGACUAUGCCAUCACAGUCACCCUCAUUCAUGUUGGCCUGACCACAGUAGUGAUGUCUGAAUUCCCAUCAGCAGAUCAUUGGUGGAUUUCUAUAGGCUCUGGCUUGUCAGUAAUGGUUUUUGGAGGACAACUUCUUGCAUACAAGUUAUUCAAGAACAAUUUUAUUUAUCCAGUUCUGGAAGACUUCUAAUACAACAACUAGCUUUUUUACUCACAUUGUCCUGUAAUACUGUAUGUUCUAUUUGUUUGUGCUUUCAUACAUGAACAAUCUAUUAAGACAAAACGGUUAUAUUAAAGAUGUAUACAUGAACAAACUAUUAAGACAAAACCUUGUUAUAGUAAAGAUUGUCUGCAAAACUACAAAAAGUAAUUUUAAAAUAAUUUUAUAAAGAUAAAUUCAUUCAGGACGAUUGUGGAAGUCUCAACUGGUUUUUAAACACAUUUCAGAAAAUGCUACAAAUGUAUUUUAAUUCACAUAUCUGCAUUGAAUCAAAAGCCUUGCAUAUUUGGUACUGUGCUAGACAUUUGCGGUGAUAUCUUAAUUUACUCAAACAGCAUCAAUUCCACUUUCUGUUCAACUAUGGUGACAAAACAAAGUGACAAAGAAAAAGCUUUUAGACUCAAUAUAGGCAGUGUAAAGAGGCAGUGACAAUUUCUUUGGAAAUGUGUUGUUAAGCGAUAGUGCCCGUCGAUGAAGGCUCUUCUUUGUAGUAGUUGACCGUGAGUGAUGUGUCCUGAGCCGAAGGCGAGGCUGCUGGAGAAAGUCAAGCUCAACUACCACACGGUAGAGCCUUCACCGAGAGGGCUCUAUCGCUAUUAGAGACUGCUUUUCCUCGUUAUUAUUUAAAAAAAAAAAAUUAAAACCUUGAACUUGAUUCAUUGGGUACCAUUCCGCUGAGACUGACAUUAUACAAUUGCUUUGCUUUUCAACAUAAUGCAUUGAAAGCAGUAGCAGUAACAUAUAUUUAUUUUUAACUUCUAGCCUAGACAAUCACAAUAAAAUAACACACACAGACUCAAAAGAACUGAACAC